AUGGCGCCUCCGCGCUAUGGAAAUCAGUCCAUAAAUGGACCUUAUCAUAUUCAGCAAAAUCACCUUCAGUCACACGCAUCCUCACAUCAACAUGGUGCCCUUCCGCCUCCCACCCAUCUGGGCACUCCGUCCUUCGGUGCCGCUGGGUCUUCCAACGCAAGCCCAUUCGCUUUGGCAGGCAACCUGAACAACGGCUUUGAGCGCGGCAUGCUAGAUGGCGGCCUUCUCCCUAGUCAAAUGGCCCAAAUGGGAUUCUCAAGAGGAGGUCCAGUGCAAGCUCACCAGUCAUACGAUGGCCUCGGGGGUCCGCUGGAGAAUAAAGACGACGCCAGGAUCCGAAACGUGUGGAAGCAUAAUCUCAAGGAAGAGAUGGCGACAUUGAGACAACUGGUGGAUAUCUACCCAUACAUUGCAAUGGACACCGAAUUCCCAGGUAUUGUUGCUCGGCCCAUCGGCCAAUUCACCACAAAGGCAGACUAUCACUAUCAAACAUUACGGUGUAAUGUCGAUCUCCUCAAGAUGAUUCAGUUGGGAAUCACUCUAUUUAAACCUGACGGCACCCUCCCUCCAGCUGACGCCGCUCCUCAGAAGUCUCAGUUCCAUACCAGUGUCCUACCUACACCAUGUACGUGGCAGUUCAACUUUAAGUUCUCUCUGGAAACGGACAUGUAUGCGAGAGAGUCGACGCAGAUGCUUUCAAAAGCUGGCAUUGACUUUGACCGACAUGCGAAGCAUGGAAUCGACCCCCAUGAUUUUGGUGCGCUGUUGAUCAGUUCUGGUCUGGUGCUGGACCCCGAUGUACAUUGGAUUUCUUUCCACUCAGGCUACGACUUUGGCUACCUUAUGAAACUCAUGAUCUGCAAACCCUUACCUGAGGACGAAGUGAUGUUCCACAAGUACUUGGAGAAGUUCUUCCCGUCCUUGUUUGACAUCAAAUUCAUCCUCAAGCACGCUGGUGUAAAAGGUCAAGUUAAUAGCGGACAACCUCUUACCCAGGAAGCGGCGAUGAUGGUCCAGCGCAUAAUGACCAAAUCAGGUCUGCAAGACAUUGCUGAAGAGCUGGCCGUUCCGCGGAUCGGACAAGCACACCAAGCUGGCUCGGACUCCUUGCUUACUGGGCAAGUGUACUUCAAGAUGAAGGAGAAGAUCUUCAAUGGCAUAAUCGAAGAGGAUAAAUACCGAUCUCAAGUCUGGGGACUGAAUGCGCAGAUGCCAACCAGCGGUAAUGCCGCUGGUGGCGGAAGUGGAGGGGCUCCAGGGACGACGCGUGACUUCAGCACUCCGAACAUGAAUGGGGCGACCUUCUACAAUCAGAAUGGAACACCGACGACACCACAGACUGGGAACAUUGGUAUGGCGGGUGGACAGGGCGGAGGCGGGCCUUCCUCGCACACGCCUGUCCCUGCACAUACUGGUGGUGCCGGGAUGAUGGGGUCCAUGACACCGGGAGGGUUUGGGAAUUUCCAGUACCAGAAGGCGUUGAGUUAG